GCGGGGGAGGAGCUGAGGGUUAAAAGAUAGUGUAGUACCAGUAACCAAACCCACAGUGAUUCGCAGGAAGGUAUCGCGGAUGACCGUCUUCCACUCUCUUUACUACACCCCCUUGCAAAGACGUGGUUAGAGAUGUUUGCAAAAGCUACCAAGAAAUUCGUGGCUGAGAUCGACCCAGAUGGUAGCCUGAUCCCAGUCUUCAGGCUGAAUGAAUCGGAUAAUUUAAAUGUCCUCUCACUGGUCAUCAAGCAGACUCCAAGCUGGUUCUGGCAACGACCGAAGUACAUGACCACAGACUUCACCCUGAACGAUGUGCUGCUCGGAGACACUCCUAUUACUCCAGAGGUAGUUGAGGCAUACUUCUUGAAUUAUAAACAGACAAGGGAAAACAACGUUACUGGAGGAGCUCAAACAGAGGUUGGCCCUGGAAAUGUGAAAAUCAAAGGAAGAGGUUUAUUCAAGCUGGCCUCUUCGUUUGGGAGCCUUAAGAAGCAAGAAGUAGAUGUUCAGAAACUGCUAAAUGACUGUAAAGAUAGAUGUCUGGAUUUUCAGCACUGCCUGUUGAGGCAGGUCAUAAAGAGGCGUCGUGACGUGUUUGCGCUGGUAAAGGAGCGAAUUAUAACCACACAGACCUGCACAGUUACCGAGGAAGUUCAGGAGGGAGGCAGCUGCUCAGCCUUUCUUGGGUUCAAUGUUCCCACACAGAUUCAGGUUUCGGUAAAUGAUGGCGGCAUUCAUUGUGACCGUAAUGUCCAUCUAGAAAUCCCAGCUCAGACAGCCCUGGCUUACAGUUUAAUGGAGCUCAACGUUAUGAACACGGGUCAAUUUGAGCUGUGCCUGAUGCCAGACACCUACGGAUGCGUUGAGGUUGACGGCCUUCUCAAAACAAACUCAACCCUGCUAAACAGGACUCCACCUGAAUCAUCAUUUCAACAGCUACAGGAAGAGUUGGAUAAACUGCAGGAUCAGUUCCAGGUGCUUUCAGGACUCCCUGCCAACACACGCUCAGGUCUCUUCCAGCAAAUCACUCUCCUCAUGAAGGACAAGACGGCCAUCACUAGCCUGGACCAUGCAUUGAACAAUUCGCUCUGUGGUAUCAAGUCUGAUCUCUCAACACUGGACAAAUUGUCCUGUUUGAAGAAAGCAGCAGAGACUACAUUGGAGCUGCUCAAUCAGAAUGAAAGAGACCAUGCACCAGUGGAAAGAGACCAAGAGCCAGAGCCCUCUGUCCUCACUGCCACCCACAUCCUUGUCAGUGCCUUAGAGGAGAUGUCCCAGUCAGCCUUGACUGUGCUCGAAUCCUGCUGCCAACCUCUCACCAUACAGGCACUGCACCUGCUGAUCCAAAACCUAAUGGGAAACAAAGACUGCUCCCUGAAGGACAGCACACUGGCCGUGUUUGCUGAAGAGGACACUUAUAGCAAAGUACAAGUGCUCUUUGGAUUUUUCAGUGUGAUUCUGUCCAAAGAGGAGGACUCGAUCCAGGCCCAGAUCAGCACCCAAAAGUGGCACAUUCCAAUAAUCCUGUGCAUUGCAAUCUUUAGUUUGGCCUCUUUAGUGCCCCCAACUGGCUAAGUGUUGGGUUAACACAUACUGAUGGUGGAAAGGCCACAUGACGAAGAACUCCAUUUUUCAAAAAAGAUAGUUGAUAUGGAGAAUAUAUUUUUCUUAUAUACUUUAUAUCUUGUACACGCUAUUGUAUUAAUUAAUUUAUACAAAAGAACACUUUUAUAGUAUAACAUUUAUACAUUUCAUUAGUAACACCUUGCUGCUCAUUAAUCAUGUAAUGAUUGUGAAAGUAGAGUGUACUUAUUUUUGCUACCUGGUUUCUAAGUGUUGGUUAACUUUUUGGAAAAAGUAAUAUUAAAAUAUGUACUUUGUGGUUACUGUUGGCACCUGACGUUAUUUGUUUAUAAUAACAAAAGUUGUUUUAUAGAAAUUAGUUAGGGUCGCCAAAUUGUUACUUUUUUGAUUGAUAAAAACACAAUAGAACAUGACUGUACUUUAAACUGAGAGGAAGCUAUUAAAGAAAAUUAGUUUCAAGCGUUUUACACCCAAAUCUUAUACUGUAUGCUGCGUACAAUAAUAAUCCACAUAGUUCUUUUGCACACUGUUGCCUUGGAGACAAUCAUAUUUUAAUAUCAUAUUUAAAAAAAAAAAAA